AUGAAAUUCAUGGGCAUCUGGCCGGAAGAGAGAGGAUGGAAGCAACGAUCGAGCUAUCUGGUCCUGGUCCCGAUCUUCUUCAUGCUGUGCUUCGUCUGCAUCCCGCAGACCGCCAACAUACCUAACAUUCGGCACAACCUGUACCUGUUGGUAGACAAUUUUUCGAUGGCGAACCUCACAGUCUUCCUGUCCUUCUUCAAAACGGUCACCUUUUGGAUGCGCGGGACAUCAUUGAAGUCCCUGCUGAAGUAUAUGGCGAUAGACUGGAGCGUUAGAACGAGGCCCAACGACAGGGUGAUCAUGAUGAAUGUCGCGAAGUUCUCGAGAAGGACGAUUCUAGUGAGCACGAUGUGCUGCAACCUCCUUGUGGGCGCGUACGUGGUGAAACACCGGAUAACCGCCAAGUACACGGAUCGCAAACUGUUCUUCCACGCGAUUUUCCCGUACGACGUGAGCACCAACCCGAACCUGGAGCUGACUAUUUUCGGUCAAUUGGUAGCGGGGAUGUACUCCGCUGGCACUUACACAGCGGUGGACACUUUCAUCGUCAUGCUGGUCCUUCACGUUUGCGGGCAGCUGGCCAUUUUGAAGCAGGACAUGCUGAACCUUCAAGAACACCAGGGUGCACAGCUGCAGGCUGCCUUGGCGGACAUCGUACAAAGACACGAAUACAUUAACAGGUUCGCGAGAACGAUUGAGAACUGUUUCACGAUGAUGUUGCUGGUUCAGAUGCUUGGCUGCACGAUGCAGCUUUGUUUCCAGGCUUUCCAAGCCAUCAUGACGCUCAGUGGCGAGGAAAAGGAGCUGAUGUUGGUUCAAACCAUCUUUCUCUUUCUAUACCUGCUCUACAUUAUGGCGCAGCUGUAUUUGUAUUGCUACGUGGGAGAGAAGCUCGCAACGGAGAGCGCGGGUAUAGCCACCACAGCGUUCAACUGUGGGUGGCAUAAACUGCCGUCGAAGAAAGCUAAAUUAUUGGUAAUUAUCAUGUGUCGGGGGAAAUCACCAUUGCGGAUCACCGCGGGCAAGUUUUGUUCUUUCACGUUGGAGCUAUACUCCGAGAUCUUGAAGAGAUCGAUGGGCUACAUUUCCGUCCUCUACGCCAUGAAAAACAAACCAUAG